CGCCAGCAUGCAGCACCUAGCGGUUGCUGACAGCAUUUACUCCGAGGUUUUGCCCAAAGACGCAAGGCCGGCCUAACGAAUGUCCAUGCGCUGCUUGCCACUUGAAUGAUUCCUGCCUGCAAAUUGACCGUGCAUGCAUUUCCCAGCUACCGAAUUGAUUGUCUCCACAGUGUCGAACUGUUAUUCUCGGGCAUCCGAAAGUGGGUGCUCCUUGGAUUCAAGAUUUAGGAUCCAUCUGUGGAUUCUACCUCCUUUUGGCAACAUAAUGCAGACUAGCGUGUGUUGCCCACGGAAACUGUGCUGGGCAGUGAUGCAUGUGCACAAAUCUGAAGGGGCACUCGCAACAUGCACAGCAGUAACAGCACCUGCCCAUGCACAUCGUCUAUGCGUGCAUCCGCGCGUGAAUGUGACAUGCGCAUCCACCAGUCCUUGUGUUUGCUUAAUCUAUUCGCUAUGACAUUCACACACACAUAAAAUUUUAAAAAAACAUCACAUAUACAAAUGACUCAAGUGUGUUUUUAGAUUUCAACUUUUGUGAAAAUCGUAUUUCGUUUGUGAGCAGCAGAAAAUAACAGAUCGAAACACUCUUACAUGCAAGGAUAAUGAACUUUUUUCCUUCACCAAGACCACAAAUAAAUUAUUUUUCCACAUACUUUUCCUGGUACAUGCCGAACUCAAUACAGUACAUAUAUUUUCACGCUCCCAAUGGCGGAAAAUCCACUUCCCUGCCUUAUCACUUAUUUUGUUUUCUGUGACUUAUUUAACCUCACUUGCAUACAAAACUAGAAUUCUUAUAUUUCAAUAUGGAGUACAUGCGGAUGUAUAUAGGCAUAUGUUAGCGUAUAGAUUUUUACUCAUUUUGCUUCGUAUGUAGUUUUUAUUGGAAUCUCUAAAAGGGCUUAUAUUUAGGGACAGGGGGAGUAGUAGGUAAUGGAAAGAGACACAUAAAUGACACCACCAUUUUUGUUCGCAUAAUUUAGAGACGAAUGAUGAAUACUAGGAACUAGCAACGAAUGAAUAACAAAAAAAAAACAUACACUACAUUGGUGUAAAGAAUCAAAAACUAUAUUUUGGAAUCUCAGCCAAUUUUAAAAAAAGAUCUAAAUGUAUAUAUGUAGAAUUCCGGAUGUAUGAUAUGUACAUACAAAAUAUAUUGAUACGCAUUUUCAAUAUGUGAUCCAGAAAUAGAGUUACCAUUCAUGUUGGUGCACAGAAUUUUCUUCUAUAUGUAGCUUCAAAAUUAAUAUAUUUCUAAUGAAAUUUUGAAAAUGAAGGAUAAACCUAUAUAUAUUGUUGGAAAACCAUUUGGAUUUUUGUGAAAAAAACAAAUAUGAUUUCCACACUCAUGGAAAACUAUAUGUAUUUUAUUAAAUAUAAUACGGGGCUAUGGGGAGCCCGGGAGGAAAAUUAGGACACUAGGAAUUAACGGACAUCGAUGUUCAUAGAUGAAAUGUCACAUUUCUAUUUGCCCAAAACAAACAUCAAUGAUGUGACAUGACUGCUAAAUUAGGUACCGUAUGGAACAUAAAAAAAAUCUCCAGCUUCAAAAUUAUCAUCCAACAUAUUGUAUUUGUUAUUUAAAAAAAUUGUAUGUAUGGUUGAUUAUGGUACCACAUUUUUUAAUGGGUUUGGCUAUAUACUUUCAACAGAAGAUAUUUAAAUUGUGCUCUCACUAAGAGAAAAAUAAAAGAUAUAUCCAACAAUGUAAUUUUUUUUAUCUUCAUUUAGGUGCAUUUACUUUAGUUAUCUAAAAUAAAUUUAUUUUACAAAAAAAUCAGUAUCAAGAGAGUAUAUUCAUCUCAUGACCGCAUCAAUUUAACAAGACAAAAGUACACAAGCAAACAUAGUUUAACCAUAAGUGAAAAUGUAUGAAUCAUAGGUGGGGCCACAAUUAGAAACAAGAUUGUCAUACAUGCUAGGUAAACACCUGUGGCUACUGAAUCAUAGGUAAGUCCCUAGAGAACAAAACAAAACCGAUGAAAACCAUGGAAAAAACCAAAACCUAAGAAAAAUGAAUACAAAAAGACAGAAAAUGAAAAAUCUUGUGAAAAAGAAAAAUAAACAAAGAAAAAAGAAAUAAAGGGAAAACGGAGAAAAGCCGCUGAAAAAAACGAGGAAAAACAACAACAAGAAAACCCCCGAAAAACUAGUGGAAGACCGGUUCUGUUUCUGCAUCUAGGACGCGACCUACUAGCAUGAUCCUUCAGGCGAGUCUUCCUUGGGGCUCGCUUUAGGCGAGAUAUAGCCUUUGCGUUAUUCUUCGUCAUGAAUGAGUCUUGGCCUGCUCUAUCUGCGUGGGCUGAGUUUACUCUGAGAAGAUGCCGGUUCCUCUGAUUUUCAUCUCCUUGAAACGAAUCCCCUCCCAAAAAAAAUCUCCCUGAAACGAAUCAGCAGUUAUGCACCAUCCCUCAAAAAAAAAACAAUGCAGCAGCACUCGCAAGCAUAGCUUCAGUCGAUCAGAUCAUGUCCGAAACACAAGUGCAAAAAAGGGAUGCGAGAGAGAUAACUUGCAUGCCACACGUGAGCAUCACGCAGGGACCAGGACAGUGGUCGAUCCGUACGUACGUGUUGCCCGUAUAGUAAUACCAAAUACAAAUACUAUAGCGCUGCAGUGGACUGUCCUAGAUCUUGUUAUCUUUCGCCAUGGCCAGUGAUAUCAUACACACGAACACGACUAGAAGACACACCUGCCGUGUUGCAUCCACUUAAGAUGGGCUUUCUUAACCACCAACGACGCGGACGCCGCAGAUCUCGCCAGAGCCGAAGGGGACACCGGCUCAGAUAACAAAUGUGCAGAUCCCGUCGACGCUGCUGCACCGGCCAGCGCACCCUCCGCCCCCACGGCGCACGCUCCCCCCACUGCGCCCACCGUCACCGACCGGUGGCCCCCGCGCUGCACGGGCGCGCUUUACUUAGCCCCGACGCGCCGGGGAUCGGGCUAAGCAAAGCGCUCGCGCCGCGGAGCCCACGUGCGUGCGUGCGUGCGUGCCGACAUGCCGUGUCAGCCGCCCCACGGCCGGCCGGCCCGCCGGAACGUGCUCCGCGCCGGGGCGGCCGCUCCGAUUGGCCGGCGCGCUCGCCACGUGUCGCCCCGGGCUCGUGUAUAAAUAAGCGCCCGCUCGAUCGUCCACUCCCCAACUCUCUCCAUCGGUGGCGACCGUCGAAUCCCUGAAAAACCACCUGCAAAAUCAUCACCUCGGUUCCAUCGAUCAAGAAGCCGUGGUAGGCGAGGCCAGUGACCUAUGGGGAACGCGUACGGCAACGGCGGCUCGUCGACGGGCCACCUGCGGGCGCCGGAGCUGCCGCUGCACCUGUGCUUCUUCCUGCUCGUGCUGUUCGUCUUCCUCGGCUUCUCCUGGUACAUGAGCUACGAGUCGGUGGCGGAGACCUUCGCCGACCAGGGCAAGCUCCUGCUCAUGGUGUCGCCGCUCGCGCUGCUCCUCGCGGUGCGGCUGCUGUCGAGCGGCGACGGCGACGGGCGGCGCGUCGACCAGCUGAUGUCCAUGUCGAUGCCGGAGAGGGACUCCAUCCACCGCGCCGGGGGGUCGCCGUGGGGCGUCGGGCUCCUGCUCGUGCUGCUCAUCGUCAUGGUCUCCUACCAGUCCAACUUCCGGGAGAAGUGGUUCGCGCUCUAGUCAUCGGGUGACGAUUGAUGGAUAUCGAUCUCCAUCGGAACCGGGAUCGGGAUCGGGAUGUCGCGGAGCAUGUUUUUUCCAUUAGCAAAUGUCAAGAAUCAUGUGUACUACGCAGGUAACCCGAGAUAUAUAUGUCGUCGCGCGAGAACCUUGUAAAGAUUUGCUGAUUAUUGGAAUGGAAACAAAACAAAUGUCUUGUUUCUUCUUUU